AUGGCGGGUGAUGAAAGUGACAGUGAUCUAAAACCAUCCAGUGUAGCUAUAAUAAGGGAAGUAUAUGACAGUGAAAAUGCUCAUAUUAAAUUUGAAAUGGAAUUGGAAAGAGCUCUGGAGGCUGGAGUCAGAGUAAUCGUUAUAGAACCAGAACCUCUCGGAGAAGAGACAGCAAGGUGGAUCUAUGUAGGAAAUCUUCUCCAUAAAGUUUCUGUUUACAGCGGGCUGUGUAGCAUUACCUCAGGUCUGAUAUGGAACUCAUUGGCAUGUGCUCCAUUUGGAAUAGUUUCAGUUCUUUGUGCUGGUUGUUAUACUUUGUCAUGGCAAUGGGAUCCUUGCUGUAAAUAUCAAGAAGACAAAAAUCGUCGACGUUUAGCAACACUACCGGCACUGAGUGAUCUCACAUCUGCUUCACCAAGCUGGUUCAUGAUGAGUUCCCUACUGACGGAUCGAAUUAUAGAAGAAUGUCUAGAACAAGAAGAUAGUGAAGAAGAAAAUGUGUCAGAAAUAGAAGAUUUUGAGGAGCAUAGUGAUCAUGAAAGCGGAACAGAGCAAGAAGCAAGUGAUUCAGAUGGGUCUUCAGUGUCGGAAGAGAGUUUUCCUUCGAAUUUACAAAUUGAGAAUACUGAAGAUGAAGAAUAUUUAGAGGAUGUACCGCUUAAAGAAGAAAAAGGAAGAAGAAAGGAUAAAAAAGAACAAAAAAUGGAAUCGGCAGAAUAUGUUGACUUCGGUGAUUUAUCAGAGAUAACUUUUUCAAGAGAUGGUAACAAAGAAUUUGGUAUCGAUUUAGAAAAUGUUAAUCCAUACUUAAUUGACACUGAUGAUGACGACUUGAAUAUUUUUUAA